GCGCCGCUGACACGACGCGCAUAACAAACCCGUGGAGCUGCUUGUCUCCUCCCCUCCAGACACAGACAACAACAUUCACGAUAAUAGGGGCGCGUCUCCGACACUGCCGCCGACCAAUAAGCCGCGUGUCUGGGCAGAGAGCGAGCGGCCGAGCGCAUGCCGAGGCCCAAUCAGCGCUUUUGUGUUCACUGCCGGCGCCGGGGACUGCACGGGAAAGAGGUGCCGCAGCGCUUCAGGAUCGGAGAGCGAGCCCGGAGCCAGAGCAAACUGAGGCGGUGAAGGCGAGUCAGAUCACUGUCCCCCUGCAGCAGAGUGUUAGACAGGCCAAGUGUCAGGUCUGAGAUCAGUGGUGUUCGUCACCUGCUGUCCCUCUCCUCUCCUCUGGAGCUGGGAAUGUAGCAAUGGCUGCCUCAUGAUCUCGAUGGAGCGGAUGUCUGAGGAGGCGUUGAGGUUGAACUUGCUGAAGCGCGGCCUGGAAACGGCUGACGAGAGGGAAGAAGCUCUGGCCAAGCGACUGAAAAUGGAGGGUCACGAGGCCAUGGAGCGGCUGAAGAUGUUGGCAUUCCUCAAGCGCAAGGACCUCGCCGCUCUGGAAGGAGCCACUAUGGUGGAGGGGAAAGGACCCGGGGCCAGCCAGGGGCUGAUGGUAGCCUCAGCAGUGUAUGAGGAGAAGCUGAACGGGAGCUUGAGGAGCACAAGUCAUGGAGGACCCAGUAAGAAUGGCAAAGAGAACAUGAUGGAUGAACCUGUGGACAUGAGCGCCAAGAGGAGCGGUGUGGAGCGAGAGAGGUGUACUCCAUCUCCAGAUGUGAUUAUCUUGUCAGAUAAUGAAGCGUCAAGCCCGAGGAGCACUCCACACCCAGAGGAGCGCCGCCAUCACCCCAACCUAGACAUGUUCAAGGGGAAGACGGGUGAGGAGAGGCAGCAGAUGAUCAAAGCCCUGCGUGAGGAGCUGAGGCUGGAGGAGGCCAGGCUCGUGCUGCUGAAGAAGCUGAGACAGAGCCAGAUGCAGAAAGAGAACGUCGUACAGAAGGUUCCAGUCGUUCAGAAUCCCCCCUCUUCGGUUCAGCCCUCCACCAUUCACAGUUCACAGGGGAUGACCAAACUGCCUGUGCGGCCUGGCAUGCAUACGUCUGAGCCCCAGAACCUUCGCACAGCACAGGGCCACACGGUGAUCAGGUCUGCAGCCAGUGCCUCUCUGCCCCCCAUGAUGAUGUCUCAGCGGGUGAUUGCUCCUAACCCAGCUCAACUGCAGGGACAGAGACUGCCCUCUAAGCCGGGCAUGGGCCGACCCUCCGCAGGGAGCUUGAGCAAUGCAAUCAACUACCAGCAGGCUGCUAGCCAACAGGUGGCGGCCUCACAGCGCUCCGGCUCCUCGGCAGCCCUGUAUAUGAACCUGGCCCACAUGCAGGCGGCCGGGGCAGCAGGAGUGCCAGGUGUGCCAGGUGUUGGGGUGGGUGUGAGCGGCGUGAGUGCAGUUAGCCCCUCUGCGCUUCCCGGCAGCUCUAGUGUGGGCUCAAUGAGUGAUCAGGCCAGCAGCCAGGCAGCUGCCAAGCUGGCCUUACGCAAGCAGCUGGAGAAAACGUUGCUGGAGAUCCCUCCACCCAAACCCCCUGCACCCCUGCUCCACUUCCUGCCUUCCGCCGCCAACAGCGAGUUCAUCUACAUGGUGGGACUGGAGGAGGUGGUUCAGAGCGUCCUCGACAGCCAGGGUAAAAUAAGGGGUUCUCUAUCACGCACGGAGCCGUUCUUCUGCGCCCAGUGCAGGACCGACUUCACCCCCCACUGGAAGCAGGAGAAAAGCGGGCGCAUUCUGUGUGAGCAGUGCAUGACCUCCAACCAGAAGAAGGCUCUAAAGGCUGAACACACCAACCGUCUGAAAAACGCCUUUGUCAAGGCGCUGCAGCAGGAGCAGGAAAUCGAGCAGAGGCUUCAGCAGCAGGCGGCUCUCUCCCCGAGUACGGCUCAGACUGUCCCCAGCGUCAGCAAGGCCGAGAGCAUGAUCCGGCACCAUGCGCUUCGACAGGCUCCUCAGCCACAGGCAGCUCUGCAGCGGGGUUUAUCCAGCUCGGCACGUGGCGUGCUAUCUAACUUUGCCCAGGCUUCACAGCUCUCAGUGGCCAGUGGACUGUUGGGUAUGACCAGCAAGCGUUGUGGAGGAGGCAGUGCCAGCAGCAGUCAGUCACAUGAGAGCCGCAGACAGAUUUACAACAUCCCCGGCUUGAAUAUUGCCUAUUUGAACCCAGGAGGUCACAAGGCGUCCAGUCUGGCAGACCGGCAGAGGGAGUAUCUGCUGGACAUGAUCCCCCCACGCUCCAUAUCCCAAUCUAUCACUGGCCAGAAAUGAGCUCACACAUACCCACACUGCAACCAUCACCCCUGUCGCAUGCAGUGCCUGUCCGUGUGCCUACCCAAUUAACCCAUGAGAAUAACUCAGCCAGAUGAACACCAGACUGUCUCAACUUCCAUUUCCUAUUAUAACAAAGCUCUUUAUUUCUUGCUAUUGCUCUGUCAGUUAUCACCUCUAUUAUUAAUAUUAUUAUUAAUAUCAUUAUUGCUUGUGUUACAGGUAUUCUUAUGUUUAUUAAUAGUUUUAGUGACUUGUGGAUUAUUUUUUUUUCUUUCUGUUUGACAUUUUUAAUUUAUUUUCUUUCUUAAGGAAGGGGCUAGAUUUCAGGGUUACUUGAAAACGUGUUGCUCUUAUUUUCCUUCUUAGCAUCCUCCCUUUUGCACCCUAUAAAAUGGUGAGAGUUGGCUCUCAUUACAAAAGCCCUUCUUUUUUAAUUAUGUAGCCGUUUAUUGAAGCUUACGUCUAUAGUUAAGCUUUUUGGAACGAGAACAGUCCAUCUAUGCCAUGUGGUAAAAAAAAAAAUAAUAAUCUUUGUAGCAAACACAUUUUAAAGAGAAAGAGCCCUGGUGGAGACUGUGUCUGAUAGAAUGACGGACUUUUCUAGUAAACUGAUCUUAAUGCACUGAGACGCUAACGGUUGUUCUGCCUUGAGAAGGCAACAUGAUACGAGAACACUUGGUGCUGUGUGCAGAGUCUUUGAAGGAUGUUUCUGUCACAUACGACACAUCAGAAGGAUGGCUGACAACGAGCAGCGACGGAAGCAUCGUGAUGAUCGAGCUAAAAUCACGCAGUGGGUUUGUGAUAAAGGCUGCCAUUGAAUACACAGGAUUUGCAGCAAAUUUGGAGACCUGGGUUAGCGCAUCUUCCACAUCCCCUCAAUGCCUUUAUAUUCACCACAUGGAUGCUGUGAGAUCGUCUCUUGCAGUGCUGUGUGAUUAGCUGCGUAUGGAGGAAGUGAGCAUCCAAAUGAACCUACUUUUCUUUGUCAGUCUUAAUUCUCCUUCAGCGUCCUUAAUUUUUCAUUUCCCUCUUUGACGGCGUCUCCUGCUGAAACGGUUGCGUAUCUGAGAGGUACUUACCACAGGAGACGAUAAUCAUCAAUACGGUAAACGGACAGAAACUAUUCAAAUAUCUAUAUGAUGUGUGUAUAGAUUCUUAGCAUGAGAUAAGGUUGAAAAUAUGGAGGUCGUAUAUCUAUAAUAGCAUAGGCAAGGGUCAAUCACCGUGAUGGGGACAACUCAUGUGAGAUGCCUUUUACUCCAGGAGCACUUUUUUAAAUUUUUUAAAAAUUGAGAACUGAAAAACUAAAAUGGUUAGGAAAGAGGACAAGAAUGUUUCAGCUCCCAGGCUCUUGCGGUAUGGAUGUCACCAGACCGUCUCAGAGAGAGUUAGGAGAGAGAUCGUGUUGUGAAUGUCAGACCAUCGGUUCAUUUCUGCUGUCAUUUUGUAACUGUACACUUUUCUACAUUUCAGGCCAGAAUACAAACAGGGCAGUAAUGCAGAUGUUGCACAAGGUGGCAGCAUUUGCAGUGUUUGGUCAGUAUGCAGUAUUAGUUUCUCCUGUAAGCUUCAGACUGAGAUCAAAACUCCUUGUUUUUCGGUGCUAGACAGCAUUAAAACUGCAUGUCCUUUUCUCACUCUGCUAGUGAAUUAGCACUUACUUGACUCCUGUCAAUUGCUUUAUUGAAGCAAUAUGUGUUGAUUACACAAAAUACAAAUGGGUGACCGAGAAAAAAAACUGGUGGUUCUGUUAUAUUUACGUUGGCUUUCACUAUUGUGGUUUGGCAUGGAAGAGUCUAUAAACAUCAAUACAAAGCCCUUCAGAUUGUUCAGCUUUAUCCUGUAACGAACCAUUUCUACUCCCAGAGCCUUCUGAAUGGUUUAAUGAGUGUAAAAUUAUGGCAUUUUUUUAAUAUUAUGGCUUCCACAUCUGGACCCAAAUCAACUCCUCUGGUAGAAUUUAGAGUAUAGUGUACACUGUCUUUUCAACACCAUCAUCAGACUACCAGUUGAGGGAAUAUUUAACAUUCAUCCUUACAAUUCAGUUCCCCAGAGAAGUGUCCAUGCCUGCAUUAAACUUCCUGCUUGUUCUGGUGGCUCAUGGUGGUCCAGCAGCUUAAAGAUUCUUCAGGAUUUUUCAGGGUGCCAGUGGAUUUGGAUAGAAAACCAGUUGUUUUUUUUUGUUUUUUUUUUGUCACCCAUUUGUAGGUUCAUUUGAUAGCUUCAAAUGUUAUAGUAAUCAUUGGCACACUGCAAGAACAUCGGUAGUUCAGUUACCACAGACUACAACAAGCACUGAAAUCAUGUGUUACUUAUGAGCACUUUCUCUUCAAGUGCUACAUUGUUUUGUUUUGAUUUUGAAUGAAAAGUGACAAAAUCAAGUUGUUAUGUGAAACCAUUGUUGUAAAGGUUUUGUGUAUUGUUCUUGCUUGGAACAGAAAAGAUGCAACUUUUAAACAAAUUCAUUAGCUGUGUUUCAGAUUGUAUACAAUAUUCACUGAACAAAUUGUGUUGACACUUUUUUAUUUUAUUUUAGUUAUAUAAUUUUUUUUUGCACUAACCUGUCCCAUCAUGCACCACAGAACAAAGGGAAGGGGUUUAGUCUUGCAGCAGUUAACGACCAUAUCAGCGUCUGCGGUGCUGUUUUAAACAUUCCCUAUCUUUACAUUUAAAAUGAAAAAUGAACGUAGCACAGAAAAUGUUAGUUAAGUGAGCUAGCUAACAUCAGGUAGCACUGAACCCAAAUCUGGCACUAUUGUUUAUCUCUUCUUAUUAAUGUCAUUUCCCUCAAGUCCAAAAACGGUUUGUAUUUGAAAUAAAUGAUUCUUUCAUGGACCUACGGUCAUCGAUUUUGACUUGAGACACAGCUAUAAAAACUACCUUGGCUUUGAUUCACAGGUGCAAUAUUAAAUGAUAGAAAGUUUAUGCUUUAGAGAUUUCUUAGUUUCCAGUUUUACUGACUAUAAUCAGUCCCCUUUCACGACAUCCAAUGUUUUGCUUCUCUGAUUUUGAGUGUCUUGUAGGCUGUGUAUAGUCAGUCUCCCUUCUCUCUGCUAAUCUCUCUGCCAGACUGUAACGGAUGCAUCCAUACACAUUUAUCGAGAUCUACCGGUCGGAUUUCUGAUUUCUUUUAUUUUUUUUCCGAAAAAGUUUUCUAGGGUUUUAAAAUGAAUUUUCCUUCGAUUACCAGUUUUACUUUCAUUCGAUUUUGUUUUAUUUAAUUUGUGAACUUUCAUACAAAAAAAACCUACAUGUAAUCAAACAAAAAAAAAAUACAGAACUAUGAGAUGGCAACACAAUAUUUACUAGGUCAUAAGUAAUAAUGACUUAUUGUACAUAUGCUUUUUUUCUCCUUUGAAUUAAAAAAUGAAAUUAAAAUGGUUGUAUAUUGUGUAGAAACGCAAGCAAAAAGCCAUGAAUAUUGUGAAGCUUGUCAUUUCGUUUAGUGAUCACUGUGUAUUAUUGUGUAACAAAUGUGCAAAAUGUAUGGGAUUAUACUUCUCUUGUUUUUGAGCUCUUUUUGAUGCAUUUUUCUCCCAGGCUGUAUGUUUUUGUAGUAUGUAGUAUUUGCAAAAGGAAAAAAAAAUGUCCUGGUGGAGCAUUUGAUCCGUUCUCCGGUCUUUGGACGAGGACACAAUGGGAUAAUCUUGUAUAUGUUAUUUUUAGUGUGUGUUGCUUUUUUGUCAAUAACAUUUGAAGUUAAACCAAUGUUUGGUAAAUGCGUUGAUUUCUCUCGCUAUCCCAUGCAAAGUGUCGGCCUCACACGUACGCAGUGGAUCAGACAUUUGAUGACAGUAUUAACCCAAACCAGACCAAACCCAAAGCGCUCAGCUGUAGAUAUGACAUGACACCGUUACCUUGAGUUCAGCUACAGGGUGUCCUUUACACUUUUGGGAGACGAUGUAUAUCUUCAUUUUCUACUUCUCAUGCUGUACCAUCUUAUUUCCUUAUGCCUUUUAUUCAUGUCUUGCCCCAACUGGGGGGGAUUUCGAAUUGCUCUUAAGUUUCCAUGGAAGAAAUUUAUACGUUGUAUACGUCCACAGGUUAAAGAAAAUGUUUGCCUUUGACUGUUCUAUUGCUUAUUGCUUUGAGUGUAGUACGUUUUUAAGACAAAAAGAGACAAUUUUGCACACUUUUAAGUAUUGAUUAUAAGAGUGUGACCUUUCAAUUGUCCUCAUCGUACACUAACUGUCCGUAAUUCCUUGAUUGGACAAUCAGCAUUUUCUGGAGACAAGAAUUUUAAUUUUACGUCUUUCCACUAUGUAAUGUCUCUCAAGUACUCAUCAUUGUUUCACUUCUUUUUAUUGUUUAAUUUUUCUUUCUUUUUUCUUUAAAAAAUCCUUCUUUGUUCCAAAAUACAAGUCACUUUUGAUGAAGUUUGGGAGAAAAUCAGCUUUUUAUUAUUACUAUUUUAAUUUUGUGGGGGGUUUUUUGUUUGUUUGUUUGUUUUUGGUUUGUUUGUUUGUUUGUUUUUGUUUUUAACAGACUCAGCUGCAGUUCCACCAGUUUGAAUACUUAGAACACUUGGCAAUAUGUAAAUCUGUUUUGUUUUAAAAAAAAAAAAAAAAGAAAAAGUAAGGAAGAAACAUUGAGAGUAAGAUAGUAAGUAAAAACUAUAGUUUGGACUGGGGAUUUAAAAGAAAUGAAUUUGAAUCAAGGCUGAAAAUGUGCUUUUUGUCAACUUUUUAUUUUUAUUUGGAACAUUUAAUCCAGACCUUUUGCACAUCCUUGAUAUUUAACUGUCUAAAAAUGAAGCUGAAAAACAAAACGCUGUUUGAUUACUGCCGAUUGAUUAACAAUUAUGCGUUGACUGAAAAAAAAAAAAUAAGCUAAUUUUGGAGGAAAAUAACUUUGUAAUAUUUAUCUCUUGCAAGCUAUGUUUAAUAAAGGAUGGAACAGUUUA